AUGAAUGCCUCGACGGCGCCCUGCGCGGUCUGUGGAAAACCCGACGCGAAGCUACGCUGCGGCCGCUGCCGGAGCGUGCACUACUGCGACGCGUCGUGCCAAAAGAACGACUGGAAAGACCACAAGUCGCGUUGCGCGCCGUCCGCUCCCCGCCUCGAGACGUUCGAGCGCGCGGCGCCGCGGUGCGUGUCGUGCCAGGCCUUCGCGUGGUCCAUCGACGAGCGCGUGGGCCCCUGGAUGUGUUAUCGGUCGUGCUGCGGGGCGUACCAGUGCGAAGCGUGCGAGCGGCGCGGGGCCGCGUCGCGCGUCGGGCCGGCGCCGCCGUUGGCGUGCCCGCGCUGCGGCGAGGCGCCGGCCGCGGACGACGCGACGGCGGUCGCGCGGUGCCGCGCGCGCGCCGACGACGGUGCGGAGGACGCGAUCUACGUCCUCGGCGCGACGCUCCUCUACGGGCUCCGGGGCCGGCGCCUGCGGCCCGAGACCGGCCUGAAGCUGCUGCGCAAGCUGAUCGAGGCCGGCGAGGAGGACGGCGCGGAGCCGAGCUACUUCAUCGGCGCGGCGAACUACGCCGUCGCGCAAGCGCGGCGCCAGAAGUUCGUGACGUGGCCCGACAAGGUCGCGCCGCUGCUCCGGCGCGCCGCCGCCUGCGGCCUGGCGCGCGCCGUCCACGAGCUCGGCAUCAUGUACGAGGCCGGCGACGAGGGCCCCAAGGACGGCAAGGAGGCCGCGCGGCUGGCGGCGCUCGCGGCCGACGCGGGACUCCGCGACGCGAAGCGCACGCUUGCACGAAUGUACGUCGACGGCGAGCACGUCCCGCGCGAUCCGGAGAAGGCCGCGCGGUUGAUCGGCCUCGAGCGGACCGCGGACCUCUGGAGGGACGGCGAAGGACCCAAGGCGCCGGGGUUUUUGUUCAGCGCGCCGCGGCCGGACGGCGAGGCGCAGGCGUCGCGCCCGAUUGCGAAAGACGAGUACUCUCCCGCCGAGAUGGACGCGUUCUUCGGGCCGGAGGGGGCGAUCACGUGAUUCACGUAGUAGUAGUAGUAGUAACCAUUUCUGUUU